AUGACGACCUCCCGCCCAGCUCGACGACGACAAACCUCCCUGCAGAAAGCCCAGCAUCAUGCGGCUGCCUCCGCGCCCAUGACCCCUCGAGUGAUCAACGCCGCUCCCUCGCUGGAGAAGGCUCAAAUCCAUGGCAUUGACGACGAGCGCCCAAUGUCCUCCAAGAUCAUGGGCAUGCUGGGCCGCAUCUUCAUCGAGACCAUCCCGCAAUGGCUCACCGUCGGUGCAAUGCUGCUCCUGAUUUUUGGGGGCUGCUGUUCCAACGUCUUUGCCUUGGAGGCUAUCAUCCAGGUUGAGCCAGCCAGCGGCACUCUCCUGACCUUUGUCCAGUUCCUCUUCGUCGCCGUCACGGGCUACAUAUCUCAGUUCGACGAGACCCGGCCUCCGUUCUUCCUACGACCGAACAAGGUGCCCCUGCGGCGCUGGCUGAUCAACAUCGUGCUCUUCUUCAGCAUCAACACGCUGAACAACCAUGCUUUUAGCUACGAUAUCUCAGUUCCCGUGCACAUCAUCCUCAGGUCCGGAGGAAGCAUAACGACCAUGAUUGCGGGAAGCAUCUGGGGGAAGAGAUACUCUCGCAUACAGUUCACAGCUGUCAUGCUUCUCACCGUUGGUGUCAUAACUGCCGCUUGGUCCGACGCGCAGACUAAGGGAAGCACGGAAGAGAAGGCGGGAAGCACGCAGAGCUUCAACACCGGCCUCGCCAUCCUCUUCGCUGCCCAAGUCGCCUCUGCAAUCAUGGGCCUAUACACCGAAGACACAUACCGGAAGUACGGUCCGCAGUGGAAAGAGAACCUUUUCUACUCGCAUCUACUCUCCUUGCCGCUUUUCAUCCCGUUCAUGCCGUCCAUGUGGAGGCAGUACAACAAGCUGGCAAACAGCGCGCCGCUGCCUCUUCCGAUCGCGGGAAUCUUUGGAAUUGAGAAGCUGCCGGACCACGUCCAACGUGGCGUCGACAGGAUUUACAUUCCGAGCCAGCUGUUCUACCUCGCCAUGAACGUCCUGACGCAGUAUGCCUGCAUCCGCGGCGUCAAUCUGCUUGCGGCUGCGUCGACAGCGCUGACGGUGACUAUCGUUCUGAAUAUCCGCAAGCUGGUGAGCCUCCUGCUCAGCAUCUGGCUGUUUGGGAACCAGCUGGCCACGGGCACGCUGCUUGGUGCUUGCAUCGUGUUCUUUGCGGGAGGACUGUACUCGCUCGACUCAGGCAAGAAGGUAUCCCCUAAGCCCAGGACGGCCAAGAUUGAGGGAGAGAAGAUGGCCGACCACUCCUUUGUCGAGGACCCCACCUCGGCUUCGACUUCCCCUAAGCUCAACACAACCGCCAUGCCUCUGGCCCAAGAGUCCGACGGAGAGGACGACACUGCCACAUUCCAGAGCGCCAGCCCUCAGUCAGACGAGGGGCAGCCUGGACAAGCAACUUCCAAGAGCACCCCCGACGGAGACGAGGAGGAAGACGAAGACGGUCUGCUGCCCCGAGACAUGCCCAAGAAGACGGCCUUCUACGACCCCGUGGCCGAGCGCCAGAUGACACAGCACGACGCAAAACUCUUCUACCAGCGAAGCCAGCAAGACCAACAGAAAGGGGCCGGCCAGCCUUGGGGCUCCUCCGUCUACGACGGCAGUAUCCAUGGCAGCCCCGUCAUCUCCCACGGAGCAGGGGCCUCGCUCGAGAGAGCUCUCAGCUCCUCGUACGACCUCCCUGCCGCUGCGUGGCCCCAGAAUGGCUCGCCCACUGGCGGUGAGAGUGUCUAUGGUAGUGGCUCCAAGAAAGACACUACCCACUUCACCAUGCCCAGUAACCGCAGUCACCCCGAGAGCCACUCAGAGUUUCAUAGGGUGCCCAGUGCACUAGGCGUCAGCGCUCAAGAUGCUGUCUACCAGGCUCAGUUGGAAAUGAGCACAGGGGCUCCUCAUGGGAUCGGUAGUGCCUCCUAUGUCGGCGCUGAUGCUUCGGUCACGGCCGAGCUGAGCAGCAUCCUGAAAAAUGUCCAGAAGAUUCUCGACAUCCGUCACAAGUACAUUCGCCUCUCACUUCAGGGGCCGUCAGACAGCCCCAAGGACGAUCCAAACUGGCCAAUCUACCCGCCUCCGCCUCAGCCAGUCUGGGUGGGCGACCAAGACAAGGGCGCUCAUGGAAGCAAUGGACCAAACAGCAUGACCAACAGCACGACUUUGCCGGCUGAUCAGGCAGCAGCCCAGACUCCCAAGAAAAGACGCAAGCUCGGCGAGGACAUCGGUUCGGACUUCGACAUGGCUGAUCUGGAGCCCCUGCCAGGCGCGAGCGAGAUGACCUUUGGGCUCGAUGCGAACGGAGUGUAUCAGGUCUUCGAGAAUGAGGAUGCCAAAGCAGCCAACACGCCGGCUGUCAACGUCCCGACCAUCAAAGAAUAUUACGUCGACCUCGACGUGAUCUUGUCAGUAUCGUCUGAUGGCCCGUCAAAGAGUUUUGCCUUUCGCCGGCUGCAGUACUUGGAGGGGAAGUACAACCUCUACGCCCUCUUGAAUGAGUAUCAGGAGACUGCAGACACCAAGAAGGUGCCACAUCGUGAUUUCUACAACGUUCGGAAGGUCGACACCCACGUGCAUCAUUCGGCCUGCAUGAACCAGAAGCAUCUACUUCGCUUCAUCAAGAGCAAGAUGAAGAAGUCACCAGAUGAGGUGGUACUGCACAGGGAUGGCAAAUAUCUCACGCUACGAGAGGUCUUCGAGAGUAUCAACUUGACGGCGUACGAUCUCAGUAUCGACACGCUGGAUAUGCAUGCUCACACGGACUCGUUCCAUCGUUUUGACAAGUUCAAUCUGAAAUACAACCCCAUCGGAGAAUCCCGUUUGCGUACCAUCUUCCUGAAGACGGACAACCUGAUCAAAGGCCGCUACCUCGCAGAAAUCACCAAGGAGGUCAUCGCGGAUCUGGAGUCCAGCAAGUACCAGGUCGUUGAGUGGCGUAUCUCGAUCUAUGGCCGGUCGAUGGACGAGUGGGACAAGCUCGCUGCAUGGGUUGUUGACAACAAACUUUUCUCACACAACGUCCGCUGGCUCAUUCAGAUUCCCCGCCUGUACGAUGUGUACAAGGCGAGUGGAACUAUGGAGACGUUUGAGCAGAUCGUCAAGAAUAUAUUCGAGCCGCUCUUCGAGGUCACCAAAGACCCCCAGAGCCACCCCAAGCUUCACGUAUUCCUCCAGAGGGUGGUCGGUAUCGACAGUGUCGACGACGAGAGCAAGGUCGAGAGACGCCUGUUCAGGAAGUACCCCGUCCCCCGAGUCUGGGACACGAAGCAGAACCCACCCUAUAGCUACUGGAUCUACUACAUUUUUGCCAACAUCACUUCGCUCAACUUCUGGAGGAAGCAGCGCGGCUUCAACACGUUCGUCAUCCGGCCGCAUUGCGGUGAGGCAGGUGACGUCGAGCAUCUCGCGGUGGCUGCCCAGUGUGCCCACAGCAUCAGCCACGGCCUACUACUCCGCAAGGUGCCUCUGCUGCAGUACAUUUUCUACCUCGAGCAGAUCGGCGUGGCCAUGUCUCCCCUCAGCAACAAUGCGCUGUUCCUGGCGCUGGAGCGAAACCCGUUCUACCAGUAUUUCAAGCGUGGCCUAAACGUGUCCCUGUCCACGGACGACCCUCUGCAGUUCGCCUACACCAAGGAGCCGCUAAUGGAGGAGUACGCCGUUGCGGCGCAGAUCUACAAGCUCAGCCCCAUCGACAUGUGCGAGCUCGCAAAGAACUCUGUCAAGCAAAGCGGAUACGAGCACUCGAUAAAGCAGCACUGGCUCGGCCCCAACUUCCUGAGGCCUGGGUUCAGGGGCAACACCAUGGUCAAGACCAACGUGCCUGACCGGAGGGAGGAGUUCCGAUACCGUACCUUGCUCGAGGAACAACAGAUGGUCGAGAUGUACACCUCGUACACCACAGAUCCUUCUGCAGACCCGGCCACAGCCGCGCCCAGCGGCACCACCUCAGCGGUCCCUAAGUCGCCAGCUACGAUCAUGAAGAACAGCCUCAACGUGGAUGUGCAGACGCCAGUGCACCCGCAGUCAAAGAGGGCGGCGCCGACGUCCUCGCCCUCGGUGGCACCCGUGCAGCAGCCGAAUGCGGCGCCUCCACCGCCCGGCCCCGGCGCCGUCCAGCCCGCGGCGCCGUGGCCGAUAGACGGGAUGAAGGACGCGUCCCUGUCCGGGAGCGAGCCGCGGAUCUACCCCGGGAUGAUCAGCAGGAGGCAGAGGACCAACAGCCUCCGGCAGGGGUCAGGGCAUGAGGCUGACGGCACGGCGAAGAGGCUGUCUACCAGCAACAUGGAUGAGGUUGAGGAAGAGGCCGUCGACGGGUCGAAGGAGUGA